AUGUCUCUCACCGACCUCGCAGCUCGAAUCACCGCCAACGCCCAACUCCUCGAUGCCCACCUCAAGUCCCACAACCUACCAUCUCCGUCAACAUGUAUCAGCGCCUGCCCUGACUUUCCCAACCCGAAGAAUGACCCGGCAGUGGAAUCAGCCCGCAUAGCUCUUCUCGAAGAUACCCAGACCCUGCGCAACUACGCUCUCGGUCCAGCGCAGGUCGUCCGCGAACUAUGCUGGAAUACGAUAGACCUAGCAGUCCAACGAGUCCUCUACCACUUCUCGAUCCCAACCCUAAUCCCCUUGAAAUCCAGCACCAGCUACACCACCUUAUCCUCCCAAACUAACCUCCCAGAACGCACCCUCCGGCUUCUCCUCCGCCAAUCUUUUCUAAAUGGUAUCUUUUACGAGCCCGAACCGGAUCGUGUCGCGCAUACGGCGUCUUCAGCCGCUCUUGUCACGAAUGCGCCCUUCUAUGAUUGGUUCGGGCAUUCAGUGGAGGAGGUGUUUCCUGCUAGUGCGAAACUUGCGGAGGCUUUGGAGAGAUGUAGUCAGAGUGGAAUAGGGGAUGGGAGGGCGGAAGAUAGUGCGUUUAGUUUGGCUGUUGGUGGUGGGGAAAGUGUGUUUGAAUUCUUUGAAAAGAGGCCUGAUAAGCAGAGACGAUUUCGAGGGGCGAUGGAGGCGGUGGGUAUGGAUGGGGGUCAUGAUUUGGGGUUUGUGGUUGGGGGGUUUGACUGGGGUAAGGUGGGGAGGGGGGUCGUGGUUGAUGUAGGAGGAUCUUCCGGCUUUCUAAGCAUUUCUCUCGCAAACGCAUACGAGAACCUCUCCUUCGUGGUGCAGGAUUACAAACAUACCGUUGACGAAGGGCGUGCGGCACUACCCUCUCAUCUGAGUGAACGGGUGUCUUUCCAGGCGCAUGACUUCUUCGCUCCGCAGACUGUGGCCGGCGAUGUGUACCUUCUUCGUCAUAUCUGUCAUAAUUGGUCUGAUGAGAAUGCGGCGCGGAUCUUACGGAAUCUGGUCCCUGCUAUGAAGAGUAGUAGCAGGAUUUUGCUGGUUGAGGUUGUGACUGUUCGCCCAGGGGUUGUGAAUAGGGUGCAGGAGAGAUAUAUGCGGAAUGUCGAUGUCACCAUGUUGCAGAUGCUGAAUACCCAGGAGCGGAGUAGGGAGGAGUGGGAGAGUGUAGUUGCCUUGGCGGAUAAAAGGUUGAAGAUUCUAAGGAUCCAUCGGCCUGAGGGGAGUUGGGAUUCAAUUAUUGAUAUUGGGUUGGUGGUUAUGAAUGGACAUGAUUAG